UUUUUGUAUCGAAAAGAUAGGACGGGAAAUAUUAGGGCUGGAGGAAGAGUCCGAGAAGAGAAAGAAUUCGAGUUGAAAUCAAAGAAUAACUUCCCUAAAUUGGGCUUGGUUGUAUCCUAUAAUUGUAAGGAUGGAAGAUUCCCUCCUCGAAGAGCAGCACAACAAAUCGGCGACGGAGGUCGCCAUAGACGAGGACGAGAGCGAAGCCUCCGCCGUCUGGGAGAAGCACAGGUAGCCAAAUCGAAUCCGUAUCUCCGCCCGGUGUAAGAAAGUUUGAGGAAUCGGUCGCCGACGAUGGUGAGCGGGGAAACGGCGGCGGGAGAGGUGGAGAUGGAGGUGGUGGAGGUGGCGAAGUGCGAGUUCUGCGGGCUGACGGAGGAGUGCACGACGGCGUACAUGGCGCGGGUGCGGGAGAGGCACGGGGGGAAGUGGGUGUGCGGGCUCUGCGGGGAGGCGGUGGAGGAGGAGAUCGAGCGGUCGGGGCGGCGGAUGUCGAGGGAGGAGGCGAUGACCCAGCACGCGAGCUUCUUGCGGAAGUUCCGGGACGCCGCCGCGUCGCCGGUCAACCCGACGAAGCUCCUCAUCGCCGGCCUGCGCCGCCUCCUCCGCCGGAUCUUCGACUCGCGGCGGACACUCAACGGGCCGCACCGGCAGGUGGAGGUCGCCGGUUCCGCCUACGCCGGCUCCGGAAGCUGCUUCUCGUCGACUCUGGCCCGUAGUACGCAGAACAACCUUCAAGAUUAAAAUAGCGGUGACCGGAACUCUACAAAAUACAAUGAGCGACUUUCUCGUAAAACCAUGGCUAAUUUUAAGGUUUACAAAAAAAAAAAAAGUACUUUUGUCACUGCCUCGGGCUAAUUUUAGGUUAAAUUUAGAAUCAUCUUUGAAGAAGAUUUAGUUCUUUUAACACUCAAUCGUCCUCAUCUCUCUACUGU